AUGGACGAGGAGGAGGAGGAGGAAGAGGAAGACGCUGACGAGGGCGAGAUCGCGCCGGUGCUCGGCGAGGAGGAGCGGGCAACUAUCCCGACACGCAGACUCCUCAAGCGGCAGGCGUCUGCUGCCGGAGAGUUCGACUACGGCGUUAUCGGCAACCGCGCCUCGGAUAGGUUCAAGACGUACGUGAGGCGCAUUGAGCUGGACCCCUGGGAUACGGAUGCCUGGACGGGGCUGGUUAAGGAGGCCCAGAACAACAGGGGAGGCGGCAUGAGCCUGAAGGAUGUCUUGAGGAAAUUUCUGAAGCAAUUCCCGACGUCCGGGAGGUACCGCCGCAUGCUGGCCCAGGCGGAGAUGGAGAGCGGUGAUUGGCAGGCUGCCGAUAAGGUUCUGCAAGAGGGCCUGGAGACCUGCGCCAGCCUGGAGCUCUGGCUGCUCUACCUGGAGAGGGUCAGGCGCUCCGCGGUGGCUGGCGGGGGCCGGACGGAGCAGGAGGCGAGGGAGGACACGAUCGCCGCCUUCGAGCUGGCGCUUCUGCACGUCGGCUGCAACCCGGCCUCGACCCCGCUGUGGCAGAAGUACCUGGACUACAUCAAGAGCUGGGAGGAGAGGAGCCCGCUGGACAAGGGCAACAAGAUGACCGCCAUUAGAAAGGUUUACCGGCGAGUUGUGGCGUUGCCCCUAGACGGCCUUGAGCCGCUCUGGCGGGAGUGCGAGGAGUUCGAGAUGGCCGGGAACGAGGUGCUGUGGAAGACCAAGUUCAGCCUUGAGUACUUGCCCAAGCACAUGGCGGCCAAAGCCGUCUACAAGGAGAGAAAGCCGAUUUGGGACGGCAUCGACCCAAACCUCCUGGCCAGACCUCCUCGAGGACACCACGGGGGAAGCGGCGGCGGCGGCGGCGGCGGCGGGAAGGACAGGAAAAAGCGAGAGGAGGCGCAGGCUGGCCAGUACCGGCUCUGGAAAAGAAGGCUAGCCUUCGAGAGGACCAAUCCAGAGUUGACGGACGAGGACGGGCUGCGGGCGAGAGUGCGCCACAGCUACGCUCAGUGCCUCAGCCACCUGAGACAUUUCUGCGAGAUCUGGUACGACCUGGCUGAGUACGAGUACUCCCUGGGGGAGGCCGAUCGUGCCGCCGCGGUCUACAGGAAGGCGGUGGAGGUGAUCCCCGGGAGUGACCUGCUGCGCGUGGCGCAGGCGGACUUGGAAGAGCGGAGGGGGCGCAUCGAGGAGGCCGAUGCCGCCUGGAAGGCGUUCCUCAAGGACCGUCGCAGCACCACCGGGCACGUCAUGUACCUCAGAUUUGUUCGGCGCAACAUGGGCAAGGAGGCCGCCCGGCGGGCGUUCGGCGCCACCCGCGCUCUGCGGCGGGCGGGGCUGGUGGGGUACCGGCUCUACCUCGCGCACGCCUCCAUCGAGCUCCACGUGAACGGCGAGCCGGAGGUCGCGAGGAGGGUCCUGGAGCACGGCCUGUCGCAGCACGAGGGGUACGUCGCGGAGCCGGAGUACGUGCUCGAGUACAUCGACUUCCUGGUGCAGCGUAACGACGAGGAGAACCUUCGGGUGCUGUUCGAGCGAGUGCUGCACCCGUCAGCUAUGCCUGCGGAGAGAGCUAGGCUUGUGUGGGAGCGGUUCGUGCAGCUAGAGCUGUGCUUGUCGAGCACGGGGGGGAGUUUGGCCAAGGCUCAAGAUGUCGAGAGACGCAUGAACCAGGUCUACCAGGAUAAUUCUGGCCCGUCGGGGCUGCUGGCGUUGUGGAAACGAUGUUCUGUGGCGGGGUGCGGGAUGCAUCCGGAGGGAGAGGUGGACUCGGCUUUUAGCGACAGGAUGUUCUUCGAGAGACGCGAAAUCUUGAACAGCCGUAGAGGCGGGAACAGGGGACGGGAUGGGGGCGACGGGACCAACCGAGACAGGAGCAAUCCCCAAGGGGGAAAUAGCGGUGGAAAAGACGGAGGCAAGGACACCGGCAGCGGAGGGGGCCCCGCGAAAGGGGGUUCAGAGAAGGGGGGGAAGGCGGGGCGGGGCGGGGACGACAAGGACGGCGCCCCCGAUAAGAACGCCUCCCCCGGGGGAGGCAAAGGGAGCGGGAACGACGACGAGGGGUGGUCACGGGGGGACUCGAGCGUAUCCCCGCUGAUCCCGCCCUUCAUGAGAAAGCUGUUCAUGGCCCUGCCGCGCCACAUCGGGCCCCAGCCGGAUGCUGAGGGUCUCCUGAAGGCGCUGAGGGAGAGGGCUCUCCCGGGGAAACCGAGUGCCGGCUCCGGCGGCCACAAGGGCAAACGGCGGCGAAACGACAGCGACGACGAGGACGACGGCGCUGGCGGGCUCGAGGCCGCUCCUCACAAGAAGCCCGUCAGGGACAUCUUCCGGCAGCGGAUGCAGGCCAACCUCACGCCGCACGACGACUGA